CAAAAUUGUUAUCAAUAAUGUUUCACUUUAAAAUACAAGAAAUAGAGAGUGAACUCUCUUUGAAAUAAAAUGGAAAAGAAACAUAACAUAGAUGAGUUCAAAGGCAAAACAAGAUUACCCAAUUUUGCAACUCCAAAAAAAUAUGAACUUCACUUAACACCUGAUUUUUCAACAUGCAAAUUUUCAGGCAUAGUGCAAAUCAACCUCUCCAUCAAUGAGAAAACAAAGUUUCUUGUCUUAAACUCCUUGGAACUUGUUAUUCAAGAUACUUGGUUCACCAACUCUUAUGGCAAGUAUACUCCAUGUGAUGUUGUUGUGGAUGAUGAGGAUGAUUUACUUGUACUUGUGUUUGAUGAAACAAUUUGUGUUGGAGAAGGAGUUUUGGUGGUUGAGUUUUCGGGUGUCCUCAAUGAGCAUCUUAGAGGAUUCUAUAGAUGUACUUAUCUUGAUGGAGAAGUAAAGAAAAAUAUGGCAGCAACACAGUUUGAGGCAGUAGAUGCAAGAAGGUGUUUUCCAUGCUAUGAUGAACCUGCUCUUAAGGCAACUUUCAAGGUAACAGUUACUGUGCCAUCGGAGUUAACAGCGUUAUCUAAUAUGCCGGUUGAAAAUGAAAAGCUAGAUGGUGAGUUAAAGACUGUUUAUUUUGAGGAAUCUCCUCUCAUGUCAACUUACUUGGUGGCUGUUGUUGUCGGCUUAUUUGACCAUAUCGAGGAUACAACUACUACUGGGGUUGUGGUUGGUGUAUAUUGUCCGGUUGGAAAGAGCGAUCAAGGGAAGCUUGCAUUGGAGAUAGCUGUGAAGUCACUAGAAAUAUACACCAAGUACUUCUCAGUGCCUUAUCCACUUCCCAAGCUGGACCUAGUUGCAGUUCCCGAGUUUUCUGCAGGAGCCAUGGAAAAUUAUGGUUUAAUCAUAUAUAGAGAAAGUGAUCUCCUUUACCAUGACUUGCACUCUCCACCUUCUAAGAAGCAAAGAAUAACAAUUGUGGCAGCACAUGAAGUAGCUCAUCAAUGGUUUGGAAAUUUGGUAACUAUGGAAUGGUGGACUCACUUAUGGCUCAAUGAAGGUUUCGCAACAUGGAUAAGUUUUAUGGUCACCAACAUCUUAUAUCCAGAAUGGAAUAUUUGGAGUCAGUUUCUUUUCGAAACUUCUAAUGGUUUACAAAUGGAUGCCCUGGAAAAAUCACAUCCAAUUGAGGUAGAAAUACAUCAUGCACGCUCGGUUAUCGAAAUUUUUGAUGCUAUAAGCUAUGAGAAAGGAUCUUCUGUAAUUAGAAUGUUGCAGGGUUACCUUGGAGAUGUUACAUUUCAGAAAUCGUUAAGCACGUAUAUAACAAGAUAUCAAGCCAAAAAUGCGAGAACAGAAGAUCUAUGGAAUGUUCUUUCAGAGGUAUCUGGUGAACCGGUGAACUUAAUGAUGAACGCUUGGACAAAGAGCACAGGAUAUCCAGUUAUCCGUGUUCAAUUAACCAAUAACAUUUUGGAAUUCAAACAGUCGCGAUUCCUUUUAUCUGGUCUUCAAGUCGAUGGACAGUGGAUUGUUCCGAUAACGUUAUGUGUUGGUUCAUAUGAAAGACAGAAAAAAUUUCUUUUGGAGAAAAGCGACGGAAGAGUGGAUAUAUCUGAACUGGUUCAAGAUAUUGGCGAUGAGGAUAGUCAAGAAAAUCUAUGGAUCAAAGUUAAUGUUGAUCAGAGUGGUUUUUAUAGGGUAAAUUAUGAAGACAAGCUCGCAAUUCGAUUGAGGAAAGCCUUACAAAACAACUACCUGCUUCCUACUGAUAAAUUCGGCAUUUUGGACGAUGGAAACGCGCUAUGUCAGGCUUGUGGACAAUCACUGUCAUCUUUGCUUAUGUUAGUGGAUGCUUAUCGAAAAGAGUUAGAUUAUGUUAUUGUAUCGAGACUGAUCGAAGUUUGCUAUGAUGUUCUGAAUAUCGCCAUUGAUGCCAUUCCAGAUUCGGUGAAUGAAUUGAAGCAAUAUUUUAUCAACCUUCUCAUCUAUUCUGCAGAACAGUUAGGUUGGGAUUCUAUAUCCGGAGAAGACCAUUCUAAUUCACUUUUGAGGGGAGAAGUUAUUAAGGCCUUGGCUACCUUUGAUCACGAUAAAACUCAACAAGAAGCACUACGCCGUUUUCAGAUUUUGUUGAACGACAGAAACACUUCUCUGCUUUCAGCCAACACCAGAAAGCCUGCUUAUGUAGCUGUAAUGAGAAGUACUUCUGAUGAAAGUAGGACUUCAUUUGAGUCCCUAUGGAGUUUCUAUCAAAGCAACGAUGUUUUGCAAGAAAGGGACGAUAUAUUGCGUUGUAUUGCAUCAAGUGCAGACCCAAAUGUUGUUCUAGAGGCUCUGAAUCUUUUGUUGUCUGAUGAGAUUCCAGAUCAAGAUAUCAUUUACGUACUAGGAGGAAUAAGCUUAGAAGGCAGUGGAAUUGCAGUGAGAUGGUUGAAGGAUAAUUGGGAAAGAAUCUUGGUAAAAUAUGGUGCUGGACUCUUACUCACCAACUUUAUGAGCCAAAUAGUUCCAUUGGUUAACAACAAUGAGGACGCAGAUGACCUAGAAGCUUUUUUUGGCAGCCGUGUGAACCCUUCCAUCACUCUGAACUUGAACUUAAGCAUUGAGAAGAUCCGUAUCAAAGCAAGGUGGAUUGAGAGUGUUAAGCAAGAGCAUUCUCUGCCCGACUUAAUCAAACAAUUGAGUCAGAGGAAAUGAUAGUCUUGACAAUUGGUAAAUAACAAAUCCAAUAAGCAUUAUGUUUGCUCUAGCAAUAAACUAAGACAUUCCAAAUUCUUGUGUCUAGUAUGUCAAUAAUUUGGGUAAGAACAAAGUUGUUAAACUACUAGAGCUUAAAGUUUGUAUCUAUGAAACACUGACAUGAAACAUGUAUCAGACUUGGACACCAACAUGCUUCCGUGCCAGUGCUACCUAGGUUUGUAUCUUCCUCAUUUGUAUGAACUUUAAACUAUGUACUUGUUGUUUGUAAAAUGCCAAGCCUUUAGCAACAGACUCUUGGCUAUCUUAAUAAUGCAGCAUUCUUUCUAGGUCUUAUUUUUCUUCCUUCUAAUUCUCUGCACAAGUUCUCUCUCCGUGCCUAUAGCGACAAUGAUUGGGCAAAUGAUUUGGACAAUAAAAGGUCCACUUAUAACUUAUGUAUUUUCUUUGGACCAAACAUGGUCUCUUGGAGCUCUAAAAAGUAAUCCCUCGUGGCCAAGUCAAGUGCAGAGGCGGAAUACCGCUCGUUGGCUCAUAGCACUUUAGAGCUCCCUUGGCUUGAAUCACUUCAAAUUAAACUUUGUGUUCGUUUUCUUCCUCCCACAUUGUUAUAUGAUUAUCUAAGUGAUGUUCAUCUCUCCCACAUUUUGGUCCUUCAUGCACGUACAAAACAUGUGGAGUUGGACCUCCACUGUGUACGAGAACAAACACGCGGUCUCCAAGAAACUUGUCAUCCAACAUGUUUCGACAG